AUGCCUGUCAGCGUGCCUGCUCCUACGGAAGCCCACACGGCCAGGCCAGAGAGAAGGCAGCGGCGGAGACGGCGACGGCGGCCGGCCCCAGCCAGCUUGGCCCAGCCACAGGGAAGUCAGUGGCAGCGAUGGCAGCCCCAGCCCGGCCGGAGGGAAGUCGGUGUAGUCGGUGGAGGCCCCUGCUGGAUCCGGCCGGAGGGAAGUCCGCAUAGGCGGCGGCAGCGGCGCGGUCAGAGCGAAUUUCUUUGGAGAAGCCGUGGCAGCUUCAACAUGACUGUGGAGGACGAGACAGGUCUCUGCGCUGCUCCCAUUCUAGGCUUUUCUGGCUUUGCCAGCCCAGCUGCUCCAUGCCACAAGAAGGAAGAGCUAUCUGCUGCAUGCUGGAGGCUGGAGCCUGUGGCACCACAGCUCGCCUCGCUGCAGUGGGUGACAGCGAUGGAGACUGCAGAGCGCUGGAGAGGUAGGAGCAUGGCUGGCUGCCACCAGGGCAGGGACGGGUGCAGAGGUGGCCAGGUGGCAGCCUCUGAGGUGGCCUUGGUCCCUGGGUCUCCCCCCUGCUGUUUAUGGCAGGCAGAGCUGGGGUUGCCACUGCUUCUGAUGUACCGUGUGCAGGUGGCAGCUACAGUUGAGCUGUAGGGUGGCAGUGCUGGUUCCCAUUCUUCUGUUCCUUUUUGUCCCUGGUCCAGGGCACUGGUCGCAGGUGCUGGUUACCCUACAGCCACUGGGAUGGGGCUGGAUGCCAGUUCCAGUCCUCUUCCUUCUGCGGAGCCUGAUUUAGGCGCCGCAGCAGGGUCUGGCCCUUAGGUCCGCGUUACUGGAGGAAGCAGGCAGAUCAGGGGUUGCCACCAUGCUACCAAAUGCCAUCUAUAAGUGGCAGGUGCAGCAGAAUGCACGGGAGGCUGCAGGACUGGUCUCAGACAGCCUGGGAGUCGCCCAGGGCACCUCCCCCUGCCCUAAGAUCCAUGCUUCCUUGGCCCAAGCCCAGAGUGUGGAGUCAUGGGCUCUGGGCCCACUGCAGCACCCAGGAUGAGUCUGAGCGCCGGUUUCCAUCACCUUGUAGCUGCGCUGCCAGCCACCUAAAUUAGGCACCAUGGUCACAUCUGGCCCUGGGAUUCCUGCUGCUGGUGGGGGAGGACAGGGCCAGGGGUUGCCACUGAUGCUGACUUGCACCAUUUCCAGGUUGCAGCUGUGGCUGAGCCCAUGGCAGAUUCUUGCGGGGCCGCUCCCCGAGGGCAUGGGGGUCGGGAAGUGUACCGCCAUCCUACCCUAGGGUUCACUUUUCCUGAGGCCUGGCCCAGAGCACAGGUUUGCAGGCGCUGGGCACUGUGCAGCCACAGAGUUGUUACUGAGUGCCUCCUGCCCUCCCGCACCUGCGGGCUGACUGUGGCAGUAUCUGGUCCUGGGUUCCAUGCUACUGGGGUCAGUGUCCAGGGAUGCCACCGCUGCUGCUCCAUGCCAUGUGUAGGCUGCUGUGGCGGCUGAUCCCAGAGCAGAGGCUGUCAGAGCUGGUCCCAGAUAGCCUGAAGGUCGCCUAGUGCACCAGCCAAAGGGUCCGUUCUUUCUUGGCCCACACCCAGAGUGAGGAUUGCAGGCUCUGGGCACUGCACCACUGGGCAUGGGGAGACAAGUGGUGGGGGUCUCCCUUACCUGCUCCACAUAAAGCCCAUGUUGUCAGGAGUCAGCUCUCUCUCCAGCAUGCCUCAUUCUCAUCCUUGGUAAGUCCAGAGCACAGAGGCCCACUCAGACCUGGCUCCAUAUCUUGUGCCAGGCAGGCACAGAGGCACAGAGCCUCAGCAGCUUUGUCUGUGGCUGGGCUAAACUGGUGCCCGCCUCAUCUUGACCAUCUGUCCAAGUGGGCACAGCCUCCAGCAUUGCUUCCCAGGCAGCACAUCUGUUGCCUGUGGGGCACUUACUGCUUGGCCUCCCAAAGUCCUGGGAUUACAGGCGUGAGCCUCUGCGCCCAGCCUGUGGGAACUGUUUUAAAUGUCGGCUGAGAAGAGGAAACAUUGAAAAGUGGCAGGGAAACAGCAUUUCCUGACCGCACAUACCACACCAGGCAUGUAUCAAAAGCUCCGCUAGGAAAACAUAUUCAGAGAGAUCUGGUAACUUGCCUCAGGUCACACAGCAAGUGAGACGCAGAGUGGUAGGCAAACCCAGGCUUCUGGGCUAGUUUCUCCCCCUGUCACAUGGCCCUGGGCCACCUCUCAGGAACAGCAGAAACCCACCCAGGAAGACAAACCUCGAGGGCUGACAAGUUUGGAAAGUUGGAAAAUCUCUCGUGCAAGGCUGAGACCUUUGACGCCCCUGUGGGAGUGGACUAGGGGAACUGGGCCAUGCAUGUGAACACCAGGCUGAUGACAUUUACCAGCUGCCUCCUAAUGAAACCCACCCCAGGGCCUUUUCCCCAGCUACCUGCUCACCACAAUCACCCCAGGGCCUUUGCCCCAGCUGCCUCCUCACAACACCCACCCCAGAGCCUUUGCCUCUGCUGCUUCCUCACUGCACCCACCCCAGGACCUUUGCCCCAGCUGCCUCCUCACAACACCCACCCCAGGGCCUUUGCCCCUGCUGCCUCCUCACCACAUCCACCCCAGGGCCUUUGCCUCUGCUGCCUCCUCACCACACCCACCCCAGGGCCUUUGCCUCUGCUGCCUCC